AUGGAAAAUAUCAAUGCAAGUUCUGAAGAGUACUUAAUUCUCCUAGGUUUCUCUAAGUGGCCUCACCUGGAGGUUGUUCUUUUUGUGGUGAUCUUAAUUUUCUACUUGGCAACACUAACAGGCAAUCUGUUCAUUAUUGUCCUGUCACACUUAGACUCCCACCUGCACACACCCAUGUACUUCUUCCUCUCAAACCUCUCUGCUCUGGAUCUCUGCUACACCACUAGCUCUGUUCCUCAGCUGCUGUUCAACCUCUGGGGUCCACAGAAGACAAUACCUUAUGCUGGUUGUAUGCUACAACUCUAUUUAGUCCUUGCCUUUGGUACCACAGAAUGCGUUCUGUUGGUGGUAAUGUCCUAUGACCGCUAUGCAGCUGUGUGCAAACCCUUGCAUUACUCUGUCCUCAUGAAUCCUCGUUUCUGCCACAUGCUGGCAGCAGCCUCCUGGGUAUGUGGAUUUAUGGACUCGGCACUACAUUCUCUCUUUACUUUCUGGGUUCCCCUGUGUGGGCAUCACCAAGUGGAUCACUUCUUCUGUGAAGUCCCAGCACUGCUUCAGUUAUCCUGUGCUGAUACUCGAGCUAAUGAGAUGACUCUAUUGGUGGCCAGCUCCAUUUUUGUUCUCAUCCCUCUUAUCCUCAUUUUCACUUCCUAUGGUGCUAUUGCUCGGGCUGUCCUAAGGAUGCACUCAAGCACAGGAUUUCAGAAAGCAUUUGGGACAUGUGGAGCCCAUAUUAUGGUUGUGUCGCUCUUUUUCAUUCCGGCCAUGUGCAUUUAUCUUCAGCCUCCGACAGAAAAUUCUCAAGAUCAAGCCAAGUUUAUUGCCCUUUUCUAUACUGUUGUCACACCUAGCCUGAACCCUCUCAUCUAUACUCUGAGAAACAAAGAUGUCAGAGGAGCAGUAAGAAGACUGAUGGAUAGGUCGGUAGUAUCCUGA